AGACAGCAUUUCCACUCUACGACUUCCAUGGACGUCAACAAACAAACAUUCCAUUCCAACCACCGACCGACUAGAGCCCGAACAGUCACUGGGAAGAUGAGGACUCAUCUUUGAAACUUGUGGAAUUACAGGUGUCAGCUUCAUUGAAUCAUGAUUUUAUCUCGGCUGAAACCUGCCGUCACUUCCAAGCCCCCAACAGGAAACACCACUGGAGCAAAUCAAAAAGCGCUUCCAAAACUGGAAGACUUUCUGUCCGCAAGAGAUUAUACUGGAGCUCUGACACUGCUUGAGUUCAACCAAGGAUCAGGAAAAACGGAUGGAAAUAGCGAGCAAUGGAUUGGAUACUGUGCUUUUCAUCUUGGUGAUUACAAACGUGCCAUGUCCAUUUUUGAGAAGCUUUCUCUGAAGGGCGAUCCACCUGAUGAUGUGUUGGUGAACUUGGCUUGUUGCCAGUUUUACCUUGGCUUGUAUUCAGAAAGCGAGGAGACUUUGAAACAUGCAAAUCCGAGUCCAUUAAAGACUCGGCUUCUAUUCCAUCUCUCCCACAAAACUAGUGCAGAAGAGAAGCUUCUAGAAUAUCACCAGCAAUUGAGAGAUGUGACUGAGGAUCAACUAAGCCUAGCUGCAAUCCACUAUCUUCGUGCCCACUAUCAAGAAGCUAUAGAUAUUUACAAAAGAAUUUUACUGGACAACAGGGACUAUCUGGCUCUCAAUGUGUAUGUUGCCCUGUGUUACUACAAAUUAGAUUAUUAUGAUGCUUCCCAAGAAGUGCUAUCAGUAUAUUUGCAACAUUUCCCAGAUUCUGCUAUUGCUAUAAACUUGAAGGCAUGUAACCAUUUUCGUCUUUACAAUGGAAAGGCAGCAGAAAAUGAAAUAAAGUCUCUAAUGGAUCAGAGUUCAUCAUCUUUCAUCUUUGGAAACGAUUUGAUACGUCAUAACAUGGUUGUGUUCCGAAGUGGUGAAAGUGCCCUGCAGGUGCUUCCUCCCCUUGUGGAUGUCAUUCCGGAAGCUAGAUUGAAUCUAGUGAUUUAUUAUCUUAAACAGGAUGAGGUGCGUGAAGCAUAUCAAUUGAUUAAAGAUCUGGAACCUGCAGUUCCCCAAGAAUACAAUUUGAAGGGUGUGGUAAAUGCAGCCAUGGGCCAAGAGACAGGUUCUCGAGAGCACAUCAAGUUUGCUCAAAAAUAUUUUGAACUGGUUGGUUCAAGUGAGAGUGAAUGUGACACAAUUCCAGGCCGUCAGUGUAUGGCUAGCUGUUAUUUCUUAAUUCGUCAAUUUAGUGAAGUACUACUUUAUCUGACUUCCAUAAAGAGCUACUUUUACACUGAUGACACAUUCAAUUUCAACUAUGCUCAGGCAAAGUGUGCAGUUGGAAAUUACAAGGAAGCUGAAGAAGCUUUUCUACUCAUUCAGAAUGAGAAAAUUCGCAGUGACUACACAUACAUUAGUCAUCUGGCUCGAUGCUAUAUGAUGAAUGGAAAACCACAAAUGGCUUGGGAGCUUUACCUCCGUCUGGAAACAUCAGCAGAAUCAUUCAAUCUUUUGCAAUUGAUGGCAAAUGACUGCUACCGUCUUGGCCACUUCUGGUUUUCCGCUAAAGCUUUUGAUAUGUUAGAAAGGCUUGAUCCGAUUCCUGAACAUUGGGAAGGCAAAAGAGGAGCUUGUGUGGGAGCUUUCCAAAUGGUUGUUGCAGGGAAACAGCCAAAGGAACUCUUAACAGAUGUUAUCAGUCUUUUGAGGAACACUGCAAAUUCUCAAGUUGAAAUGAUUAUUCGUAUUGUGAAGCGCUGGGCCAAAGAGAAUCGCAUUAAUGUGUAAUUUAUCUCCUAGAACACAUUGUUAGAUUAU